AUGCCUAUUGCUGCCCAAUCAAUGUCAGGAAAAAAUUGGGGUGGAAAAACCUGCAAUGCAGAAGCUGCUGAGAGAUACACAGAAGUGACUGAGCCAUCCAUUCUGGCUGAUGUAUGGAACUGCCUUCAUCUUCUGAGGGAACCACUGCAGGAGAGUAUAAAGGCUUCCCCACAGGCAUGGCAGAUGGACAAGUCAUAUUUCUGCAAUAAUGCUGAGUUGAAAGGUGCCAUCAACCUGUCACCCACAUGGUUUCAACAGGGUCAUGGGCCCCAAAAUGGUUUCCCAGAAGCCUCAUGGCUGCUCAAAUCCAGGAUGGAAAACACUUCUACAAGGGAAUGGGUUGACCAAAUGUCCAACACCAAUGCCCUGUUAUCUGCAAUCCUGCAUGUCAUCCAUCUGGAAGCAUUGAUCUGCCUUGGUGAACAGGCAGAACAGCAGGCAGAUUCAGAUAUGAGCUUCAUACUGCCAAUAUGGAGCUCCACAUAUAGCAGCAUGGAUAUCAAUGGAUGGGAUCCAUGGUAUGACAUGCUGGUAACCAUGGGUGACUACCCACCCUUGGACUUUGUCAUUCCAAUGUUGAAUCUGCAGCUGCACUACAACCCAGGGACAAUCAUUGCAUUUUCAGGUUCAGCAUUGGAGCAUGGGGUGGGAGCUGUAGAUGGUGACAGAGCAUGCCUGGCAUACUAUAUGCAUGCCAAUGAUAUGCUGGCUCUUGAACUUCAGACAGGUGGUGUUGCCAAGAUUUUGCAAAUGGCAAUGUAUAUACAACCAACUCCACAGUCAAAAACAUGUAAACUAUUGAAGUGGUGUCACACACCAAAGGUGUUUGGUGAGGUGGACAUGGAUGUAGCUGAUGAAUGGAGGUGA